UUUUAGGAAUUGCUUUAAUUCUAAAAAAAAAGAAUUUAAUUUAAUUUUGACUUUAAUGGAAUCUUCUGGAUCGUCAGGCUACUCAAGCGAGGAUGGAGUUUUUGACUUGACUGUUGGUUCGUUGACUGUUGGGCAGUUUUGGCAAGCCGUACAAAAUUGGGGGGUUGGAGGACACCAGCUUGCUAAGAUCUCUAUGCGUGGUACUGAAGGGGAUAUUGAUGUUUGGAACAAUCAGAACCCUAUCCCAGUUAAUGAAUUUAUGGAAGAAUUUCUGCGUGAUGGGACAAUUGCUUUUAAUCAGCGAAAACGUGCUUACAAGUUGCAUGAAGCUAUGCCUUUAAUUGAAAAUAGAACGGUCAAAUUAUCUGUCGGGGUCAACUUUUCUCCAUAUUUGGACCGUCCUGGUGGUCAUAUCAAUUUAACUUAUACUCUUCGUGACGAUUUUAAAAUACCUAAACAUCUCAACAAAAAAAUAAACCAGGUAAACAUAUGGGCGGGUAUAUAUAUCUCGGUCCCUAGAUUCCGGACUAACUUCGCCACCCUAGUUCGACUCAGCUUUCCGAACUCUUUCGAAUGACACCAUGUUUCUGCCACGGAUAAAUAGAGAGAGCCAAAUCUAAUUUCUAGUCAUACACGCUUCGUGAUGGUUUUGCAUUUAAUGAAAAUAUGGAAGUUGACAAUUAAAUUCGAUUUUGAAUGAACUCAAGUAUCUCAAUGUUUUGGAAUAAAAGAAAAAUGCUCAAUUUUUUGCCUAUAAUUUAUGGAUAAAUUAUUUUUAAUUUUACAAUUAUUUUUUUUUAAAUUUUGGCUACAAAAUUCAAAUAUUUUUUAAUAGAUAAUUUGCUUUGAAUAACUUUUAUUUUAGAUAAUUACCUAACCUAAGCUUUUUUAUCAUGAGUGAUUCUUCUGGACAUUCAAGUGGUGGACCUGCUAUGCGUCUCUCUUCUUUAACUGUUGGUCAGUUCUGGCAGGCAGUAGAAAAUUUUAGAGAAGGAUUGCAUAUUACAGAUGUGUUAAUGUAUGGCAAACGGUGGAAGUCGUUACUUAUUUGGGAUGAAAUGUCUUCAAAGGACCCACUUCCCGUGAAUGAAUUUAUGGAAGAGUUU